AUGGAGCCAUCGGCGGCCUGUCAGUGCGCGACAGGGGACAGGGGCCCUGGUGCGAGCGUUGGUGUGGAGCUGGGCCUUCACGAAGAAGACGACGCCACGCUAAUUCGCGCGAUCCCAAAGCGGGCGGGCUCGCGGGUGCACUGCGCGCCCCUGGCCGCCGUUCUGCUGCUCCUUGCGCCGUCAUUAAACGUCCAGUUCUCGUCAAUUCAUCCAGCCAAUGCGACGACAUCGGCUGCGGAAGGCGCCGUGACGAGGGCCACACAGGUACUGGCUCUCCAGAACGGCGACCCUCGUUGCACCUCGUCCGUCGGCAGCAGUUGUGCGGGCCACCAUCGACGCGGCGCCCUGCAUCAGGCCCUGCAGCGUCGCAUGGCAGACGCGAACCGAAAGCGUGCUGGGCUGCAGCGUGAGGCUGGUCAGUGGCAGCCCGACCCCGGCCCUGUCCCUAGUCAGGGUCUGGAGACGAAAUGCGCAAAGAUCAACUCUUGCUACUCCCUUUCGAGUGCAUCCCGAGCGGAAGCCCUCCCCGCUUGCCACGGUCAGUGCCCCCAAUCAGCUCCAUGUCGAGAUGCGCCCGAAAUCACCCACCGACCCCCAUUGGCCAGGUUUGAGCAUUUUCUGUUCAAAGCAACCUCCCAUUUCCAUCUCUCCCGGCCCUGCAGCUAG